CUUCUUGGAGAAGAAAAGCUGAUGCGGCAGAGUGAGUGCAUCCUACGCGGUACUGUAUGUCAACGCCAGAUAUGACCCCGCUGCAAAGGCGGUGGGAAGACAAGGAAGUUGACUCAACGAAUCAAGUGGCAGAAGGAUGCAAUCAUAGUGGAUGUAGUCGACAACUUUAUUUGCACCACUUUCUGCAAAUUUCUCAACAUUGCGCAUUUGGCUACGACCUGCAAGGCAGACAGUCCAAGAUAUUUCGUCUGUUUAAAUUAGUUGAUUAAAGCAACAGUAUUGUCUAUUUAGUUGCUGUUUUGAAACCCAUGCAAUUAUUUCAUAUUUCACAUGAUUUCCACUUUUAUCAAUAGGGCUAUUGAGCUCUCAUUUGUACUGCGGCAUAAUGUGAGCAUUUGGAUUGUAUUUCACAAAAAAAAGGGAAACGUGUCGCUGUAAUGAAGUUAAUAUGAACAUUUCGAAUAGUCUGCAAUGGUAACCGGGGAAUGUGGAACAACCAUGCAUCGAAUUCUGCGGAGGAGAAAAGUGCGCAAACUUCGCUUCGUCUGGGCAUUCAUGGCCAUGGUGGCUCUGUCGCUCUCCGCCUGCAGCGCACUGUUUACGGCGUGGACCUGGAGACAGACGCGGGACCUGUCCCAGUCAUUAAAAACUCUUCAAGACCGAUUGGAGCAGGUGAAUACUCAGCGGAAGGCCAUUGUCCAACUCAUCAUGGAGAAGAGAGAUUUGCUGGUGGGCCAAAGGGUGAAGAGAGAUGGGGGAACUGGGAAAGGGAAGAAUGGACAUGGAAAGAAAGUGGCUUCUCAGUUUGAGAUAACCAAAGAGUCUGUUCAGAAAGUGGGAGAGGACGGCUUGAUAAAAGGAUGGACGGACUCCGAGCACUUGAAUAUGAGCAAGGCGGUGAAGUACAAUGCAGACAGAGGCAUCUUCACAGUUGAAAGAACGGGAGUCUACUUCCUGUACUGUCAGGUGUUGUUCAAUGAGAACCAGUCUCAGCUGGUGAAGCUGGACGUGGCGGUGGUGAGGGGGAGCCAGCGGCUUCAGAGGUUACAGUGCAUGGAGGGCUACGGGACUACGCCUGCAGCCGGAUCACACCAGUUCCACUUCCUCAAACCCUGCCAGGUGUCCGGCCUGCUGCGGCUGGAGAAGGGGGUGGAGCUAAAAGCCAUCACAGGCCCCGCUUUCAACCUCCACAUCACGGGAAAGCAUUACUUCGGUCUCUUUAAGGUCAACUGAGCUACCGGAGAGGAUGGGCAUUUUAAAAGGAAGGAGGAGAAACCUGUUUUAAAGGAAGUGUUUUGUCUUAUUCCGACCUGUAUCGAAGAGACACACCAAUGUGAUAUUUCCGGAUUCGUUUUUAUUGUGAAAUCUGGACCAACGAACUGAAUCGUUGGAAUAACUAUGAAUCAUGUUACCUAUAGACACUCUGUAUGAUACCUUUUCAAAGACAGAAACUACAAGGAAGACUUAAAGUGAAACUAUAUUAUGCACUUCUGGACUCUCCAAGAGUUUCUACCCCUGCUUCUUUGAAGAUUUAAAACUAAUGGAAUAUUCUCUGAUGGAGCUCUUUUGGAGCACAACACAUCCACCUGACUCUUCUUUCACCGUGACUUCUCUCUGAGGAGCUACGCUGGUGGACUACUGAAUGAGAAGGAUUUUGGAUAAUGAGCUCUACAACUCUUGUCUCUUUUCCAUUGUAAUCCCAGCUUAGGUUAUUUCAGUAGCUUGGAGAUAAUAUAAGCAGCCCGAGUAUUCACAAUACUUGUUCUCAUUCCAAAGCGCUCUUACGUGCCAUUUGCAGCAGUAUGUUUUGAAUACAGACAGUACAAACAAAGUAUUUCUAUCAGGUGGUUUGGUUUAAUGUUUCACCACUCCUACUCUGGUUUAUAAGUAGUAUGUGGGGGACCACAUUGGUUUCUACUCAGCAAUUUCCCCACGUGCACGCACGCAUGCACACACACACACACAGCAAAAGUCAAGUUAUUAUGGUUUCCAGCUCUAAAUGUCAUUUCUCAUCAUUAGAUCAAAAGUGUCAAAUGUGGUUUUGUAAUGUAUACAUAGUUCCUGUUUGAUUUCCUAAUCCAUCUCUGCUUCCCUUUUGUGUACACACACACACACACACACACACACACACACACACACACACACACACACACACACACACACACACACACACACACACACACACACACACACACACACACACACACACACACACACACACACACACACACACACACACACACACACACACACACACAGCUCUUCAACUCUCACUUCCUGAUUCCGAUCUUGAACCAAAUAGCUGAAAGCGUUUGAUGAAAAACAUGUCGGGCACUUCCCUCCCCAAUUCCUUUUAUUUCAAAUGUCAAAGUCUAUUGCCACUUUAAAAAGCCUUAUUUUGCACAAUGAGGCCUUUCGCUGAGAAGUCUAACAAGUAGGGCAAGGUUGAAGAACCAGUGAGGGGAUAUUGUGUAUAUACAUGUUUGCGAAAUUGUGUCUGCAAUGCUGGUUGCUGUUCUAAACUCACUUCCUAUAAAAAUGUUAACCUUUAAAACCUUUUUUCCGUUUAAAUAUCUCCUUGUGUUCGCUUUUGACUCAGACCAGGGAUUACUACUGUACAGAGACAGGAUCUUAAUUUGAGCCAGUUUGCUACAGCAGAAAAAAAAUCCUGAAGCAACAGGAAAUGUAACUAUUAUGUGGAUUAUAAUUUAAAUACAUUUUUGUAGGGUUUGAUACGUUUUUCGGAAGGAAGAAUCAAGUCUGAAAUUUCAAAGUGGAAAUUACAAACUUCAGAAGCCUUUUUAAACCUCAAAUACACUACAAGUUUUAAAUGUCCUGAAUUGCAGGAAAGAUCUCCUGCAACAGGGUGAUCAAAUUAAAAUCCAACAUAUGUACAAUGUACAAUGAUACAGUAUGACACAAAACAAAUAAAUCAUCUUCUUGUCAUCUUCUAACCCCAUUCUUCUCCGGCUUCCCUCGAUGACAUCAUUGUAUUGCUGAAUAGAAUGUGUGGAAUCCUGCUCUAUUCUAGUUCUUUAAUCAUGACUCACACACUACUGUGUACUCAGUCGUCACCACCUGUGAUUCAUAGAUCUGUAGCUUCUCAAGGUCUGGAUUCAGUGCAACACAGUGCAGACUGACUGAGAUGACCUCAUGUGGGGGCUGGAGGAGAGGACUCAGUCACAACUGAUCGGCGUCACGUUAUAUCCUGUAGCGUCACUAUGCUCCCUAUCCUAUUGUAGUAUCCUGUAGCACGGUAUAGUAUCCCAUAGUACAUUUUUACCCAUGAUCACUGAAUCUGUGUGUGUGUGUGUUUUUUCCUUACUGUUGCUAUUCCAGCAUCCAUUCACAAUUUUUUUUUAAAUGUGUUUAUUUUUAUUACAAACAAAACCCCAAAUAAAAGACAAAGAGAUGCAU